UGUGUAGCUUUGUGGUUAAUUACAAACAAACAUUUUAUAUUUGAACAUUUCUAUGAAUAAGUUAUCACUCACGUAAGUGUAAAACUAGACCAGCUUGUUCAUAUUUUUCCAUUGGCUAUUUUUUUUUUGUUAGUGCUUAAAACAACAGGAGCGAUUGUAACCACAAUACAGUUUUGUAUUUUGGCUUUGAAUAUCCAUCAUUUCGUAAAUAAAUGUUUUAUUCAUACAGGAGUAGCAAACAUUUGAAAAUUUGUUGCUGUAAUUCUUGUAUUUAUUGCUUAUGAAUGCAAGUUUUUUUUUAAAUGGUAGUAGAAAUGACACAAAACAACAUUGUAAUGAACCACACAAGUCCCAAUCGAUUUAUCAAAACAGAGCUGUUUCAGUCAGCAUGCCAAGCUGUACUUAACGUUUCCCACCAGGGCAAUGGCAUGACGUCACAGUGAAUGGCGGCGCGUGUGUCGUGUGCUGUAGCCCGGCAACCGUUGCAUGAAGAAACAAUCCAAGUGGUUUCCCGCGACAUCUAUCUCUCUCUCUCUCUCUCUCCGGACUACGCCACUAGGGCCAGUUCGGCAGUAGUCACAUAAGAGUUAUCACACUGGAUGGUGUAGUGAGUUCCGUCCGAACUGGCGUCAAAUUUCUUACCAAAAUUUCACGCCUGCAAUUUUGCGAUAAGUGGGGGUUAUCCCCCGUGCUGCGGCCGCGGCAGACCGACUUGGGCUACCGUCGGCCGUCGGCUAGCAAAUCAGAAAUGAGUAGUCAGGAUGCAGGUAACGGCAGUUUAUUUCAUUUCUCUUCCAAAUAUUCUCGUUCUAUUCCGUCCUCUUCCAGGUCCCUACCGAAGCUUUCUGGGGAGGAGCACUGCGGUGACGGAGAAGGCCUGUUGGGACAUCAACGGUUAUGUCAGCUCAACUGUAAUGGUAACUUCGAGCCUAUUCUUCACGAUCACGACUACUGCGAGCGGGUCGUGAUUAACGUCAGUGGCCUGCGUUUCGAGACCCAGCUACGGACACUGAACCAGUUUCCGGACACGCUGUUAGGUGACCCAACUCGCCGUAUUCGUUAUUUCGAUCCACUCCGGAACGAGUACUUUUUCGACCGGAAUCGGCCAAGUUUUGACGCCAUUCUGUACUACUACCAAAGCGGCGGAAGGCUUCGGCGACCUGUUAGCGUCCCGCUAGAUAUUUUUGCAGAAGAAAUUAAAUUCUAUGAACUGGGCGAGGGGGCGUUCAAUAAGUUCCGGGAAGACGAAGGAUUCAUCAAAGAAGAAGAGAAGCCGCUUCCAUCUCGCAAACUCCAGCAGAAGAUGUGGCUUCUGUUCGAAUACCCAGAGAGCUCACAGGGCGCACGUGUCAUCGCAAUCAUAUCCGUCGUCGUCAUCCUCCUGUCCAUCGUCAUAUUUUGUUUAGAGACUUUGCCAAACUUCAAACAUUACAAGAUCUUUAACUCGACCAAUGGAGUGCUGAGGGUCGUUGAGGACGAAGUAACAAAACUGACCGAUCCCUUCUUUCUCAUAGAAACCUGUUGUAUAGUGUGGUUCACCUUCGAAUUAUUGGUGCGAUUCCUGACCUGCCCCAAUAAACUGGCUUUCUUCAAGGACGUAAUGAACUUUAUUGACCUUGUAGCCAUCAUUCCCUACUUCAUUACCCUGGGGACAGUGGUGGCCGGAGAAAACCACCGGUCUCCUGCGUCGGGCAACGAGAGGGCCAGUAACAAUCAAGCCAUGUCGUUGGCUAUCUUAAGGGUCAUCCGUUUGGUGCGAGUCUUCAGAAUUUUUAAGCUCUCCAGGCACUCCAAAGGCCUGCAGAUUCUGGGCCGGACACUAAAAGCCAGUAUGAGAGAACUGGGUUUACUCAUAUUCUUCCUCUUCAUUGGUGUGAUCCUAUUCUCCAGCACCGUUUACUAUGCCGAGGCCGAUUCGGAGAGGUCCUACUUCAAAUCCAUCCCAGACGCCUUCUGGUGGGCCGUUGUAACCAUGACAACUGUGGGUUACGGAGACAUGAGGCCCGUGGGAGUGUGGGGUAAGAUUGUGGGCUCCUUAUGUGCUAUCGCAGGCGUGCUGACUAUAGCGCUUCCAGUUCCCGUGAUCGUAUCUAACUUCAAUUACUUCUACCACCGAGAAACUGACCAAGAGGAAAUGCAAUCACAGAAUUUUAAUCACGUGACAGCCUGUCCUUACCUACCAGGAACGGUGGGGCUCAAACCCCGGCAAGAAUCUCUUAGUGAAUCCGAUUCGGACAUCGUAGAGCUUGAAGAAGGGCUACUGAUCACGAGUGACCAUUUGGACAAAAAGCCCAACUACAAGCCCCAGCCAAUCAACAAUAUUGGUAUCGUCGCUAUAGAAACAGAUGUAUGACAGCGUCAGAGGAUGGAUAAGUGUAGGU